AUGCAAAACAACAACCAACGUCAUCAUCAACAUGAUAACAAUCAACAACAACAACAAGAUGACAUGGAUGAAGUUGCUUGGGUAGCCCUCGAAUUACAAAAGAAGGCACUUCAUCGUUUAUUGUUCCGAAUGGAUCAAGAUGAUAAGAAGAACAAGAAUAUGAAAACACUAAAUUCGUCAUUAUCAUUAUCAUCGGAAGUAAAACAGAAAAAAGGUAGAAGACAGCAACAGGAAGGUGGAAAUUCAAAUUUUCGUAAAUCAUUUACCAUUAUUGAUAAUAGUGAGAAUGGAGAUGCGGAAUUAUCAUCAGCACAAUUAGAUUUAUCAGAAGGAGGAAUUUCUGAACAAGUUUUGGAAGAAAAUAAGGAAAGAAGUGGAGAUGAAAGUGGAUUGAAUUCUGAUGAAGUGGUUGUUGAUGAGAAUGGAAAAUUAUCAAUUUGGAUGAAAUUGUGGAAGUUUAUUCAGAAAAUUGUAAAAUCAGGAAAAUUGAUGAAAAGUUUGGGUUGGAUUUCGGUUUCUUCAUUGGCUACCAUUUCACUAAUCAAGUUUUUGAGUGUGUUUUUAUCCUUUUUCAAUCAUACUCCUUCCAGUCAUGUCCAUGGCAUGUCCAAUAAUUCACUCAUGAACACCAGGAAACAAUCAACAACAAUUGGUUUGAUUCCUCCACCAAUUUUCCAAUCCAUCGAUCAUCAUGACGACAUUCCUCGUUCUGUUAAGGGUCGUUUCUACCUGCAUGAACUCUCAACACUUCAGGAACAAUUCGAAAAUGAUGGAGUUUAUGGAAUGAUUUCAACAAGUAAUUCAUCCUCAUCGAAGAAUCACCUUGAUGAAGGUCCAUUAUUCAUUCCAAUAACGAAUAUUGAGAGAUUCCAAGAGCAGAGACAGAAAACCAAAUAUUCAUCACCACCACCUUCUGAUAUCGAUCAGGAAAUUAACAAGAAUGGACUUUUUGGACAAAUGGUUCAAUUGGAGAGUUUUAGAAAGAGUAGUGUUUUUAAUGGUGAUUAA